AUGAGCAAGGUCAUGAAGCCCAGAAAAGUGGUGCUGGUCCUGGCUGGAUGCUACUCUGGACGCAAAGCCAUCAUCGUUAAGAAUGUUGAUGAUGUCACCUCACACCGCCCUUACAGCCAUGCCCUGGUGGCUGGAUUUAACCGCUCUCCCCGAAAAGUGACAGCUGUCAUGGACAAGAAGAAAAUCACCAUGAAGUCAAAGAUCAAGUCCUUUGUGAAAGCUCGUAACUACAAUCACCUCAUAGCCACAAGGUACUCUGUGGACAUCCCCUUGGACAAGACAGUUGUCAACAAGGAUGUCUUUAUAGACCCAGUCCUGAAAGGCAAGGCCAGGUGGGAGGCCAAGGUCAAGUUUGAGGAACGAUGCAAGACAGCAAAGAACAAAUGGUUUUUCUAG